CCACCUUUCAUGUUAAUUUCAGCGUGAUCUCUGCACAGACUGGAGGCAGCCGCUGCGUGCUGGAUCUGCUGCUUCAAGUCGGUGAGGCUUCGGACACAACCUGUCGCUGAAACACUGUCGGGACUAUUUUUUGUGAACGGCGUCGUGUCCGUAUAAUGUCGCCGCUGAGGACGCGCAGCUGAAUGUGAAUACUGUGGAUCCAGCUGGUAGUUAGAGAGAGGAGGUGAACGCACCUUGCAUCCAGCCAUGGGAGGUCAGAUCACCAGGAAUACCUUCUACGAUUCUCUGAACGGACCGUUUCCUGCCACAUCUCAGCGAUGCCACCACAAGCCCAAGCGCUGCCUGCCCAUCCAGCCGUGUAGAAGUUUGUCCUCCUUCCCUCUGCUCUUCCACCCCAGCACCAAGGGCUCGCAGAUCGUCAUGGACAUAUCCCAGAGGACUGUCAAGAGGCAGGCCAGCUUUUGUAACGCCAUCACCUUUAGCAACAGACCAACCGCUGUGUAUGAGCAAGUACGGCUGAAGAUCACUAAAAAGCAGUGCUGCUGGAGCGGUGCUCUGCGUCUUGGUUUUACAUCCAAAGACCCAUCGAGGAUCAACCCGGACACCUUGCCGAAGUACGCCUGCCCCGACCUGGUCUCCCAGAGUGGCUUCUGGGCAAAAGCCCUGCCAGAGGAGCUCUCCAAUGAGGGAAACGUCAUCUCCUUCUGGGUGGACAAGAAGGGCCGGGUGUUUUACCGCAUCAACGACUCCAGCCCAAUGCUGUUCUUCAGCGGGGUACAUGUCUCUGAGCCUGUGUGGGCUCUCAUAGACGUCUACGGCCUCACCAGGGGGAUCCAGCUGCUAGACAGCGAGAUGGUCCCCCUGGACUGCCUGCGUCCUCGUUCUUUUACUGCCGCCCACCGGGCCUCUAUUCAGCGAAACAGUGAUGACCCUCGCCUUUCCAUCAGCCUGUGUGACUUGAGCCUGCAGCAGCAGGAGACACAUCUGGAGGAAGAUGAUGAGGAACAGGAACGACUUCAACGCUUAAGCUCCGCCUCCUGUCAUGUGCCCCAAAACUCUCAAAACUCGCAGCAGUGCUCGCUGCUGCCCAGCCAUUUGGACACUGAUCUGCACUUCCACUCGGUGCACGGCGUCCAUGUUACCGUGCUGGAUAAGCACACUGUGGCGCGGUUGGAUCACCGUGGUGACGAGAGGACCCUGGUGUUCACCAGUCGGCCGAUGCGCUGCUCAGAGACUGUGUUUGUGAAGGUGAAGGCAGGUGUCACACGGCCCGGGUCUCUCUCUUAUGGUGUGACUUCAUGUGACCCGGCCACCCUAAAGCCCAGUGACCUCCCAUCCAACCCAGAGUCGCUGGUUGACCGCAAGGAAUUCUGGGCCGUGUGUCGGGUGGCAGUGCCACUCCACAGUGGAGAUAUCUUGGGCUUUGUGGUGAACGCAGAAGGGGAGGUCAUGAUGAGCCAUAACGGCAUCAGUGCAGGGAUGCAGCUGUGUGUCGAUAACUCCAGACCACUCUGGAUGUUCUACAAUCUGCAUGGCGCCAUUACACAACUCAGGAUUUUAGGCUCAUCUCCACACCCAGACCUUCGAGGCCCGUCGGUCCCUAGCUCCCCAUCCUGUACACCCAACACCCCCACAAUGCUUUGCAGCGGCAACUCCGAGCCCAACCUCAACACAUCAUUGAACAUCAACCUCAAUUCAAGCCUCAACUCCAGCUACUACACAGUCUUUUCCUCCUCCACAGGUACAACCCCGAGCUCUCCGUUCUCUAGCCACCCAGAGUCCCCUACCUUCCCAUCCUGCUCUGGCUCGUGGAGCGAUGAAUGCACCAUUUGCUACGAGAACGUGGUGGACACAGUCCUCUACGCCUGCGGACACAUGUGUCUCUGCUACACCUGUGGCCUCAAACUCAAGAAGAUGGCCAACGCAUGCUGCCCCAUCUGCAGAAGGACAAUCAAAGAUAUCAUCAAGACUUACCGGAGCACGUAGGCUUGUGUUAGACAAUGUGUUGCAUUGUCAGGUUAAGCUCAAGAGGUUGUCAAAGCCAUGUAAAACUAUGUAAAGGUGGAUGCAGCACAAGUAAAAGCCCUGCAUGUUUGUGUGUGCAAUCUGGCUCAGGUACUCCACAGCAGGACUUUAAACUUCAUCAUUAAAACAUUUUAUCUAUGGCUAAUGCACAUCCUUGGAAAGCUCACAGUUCCUACCUGUGGCAUCUCAGUAAGGACCCAGCAAUGAGAUUCAUCAUACAGUGUGAUCAACAGAAACAACAUAUGUGCUACUGCAGGAACUGCUAUUGACCUACUAUUGUCCAGUGACAGUGAUUUGUGCAUCCGUUGAAAAGAAAGAGUAAUCUGAAGAGGCAUCUGUCCUACUUGCUGCAGAGUAACCCUUCAUUCUACUGGUGAUAGCAUUGCUGCUAGCUAGUUUUACAAGAAUUGGAUGAAAUUGUCCAGAGCAGCGGAAGAAACUAGGAGAAUAAGUAUGUGGUUUCACCAGCUGCUUCUGCACUGCCAGUCAGUCAAGUGUGCAUUGGGUUGUUCUAGAGUAAGAAUCAAUUCUAUACUAAAUCUUGGAGAAAAUAAAAGAUUUAUUUGAUGUUUUCUGAAUGCUCCCAGAGGCCAGUGAGGAAUGAGUAAAAAGAAAAAGCGUUUUUGCGGUGAAAACAUUGCAGUACAUCUAAAAUAAGCCAUUUUUAAAAUUGCAUAGAAUAUACCUCUCCUGCAAAAAAAAAAAAAA